GGAGGAAACAUGUCAAGAAAGCCUUUCACGGAUAAAUAUCGACUGAAAAUCAGCAUCACGAUGAAAUAUAGACUACUUUUUAUGAUAUGGGGAGGCUACGAAGCUCAUGAUUACACGAUGGCUGAACUUUCGUAAAAGGAGGAACAACAACUGUUUUUCGGGUAAAAUUCAGUCAUGAGUUGAAUCUUCCAGAGCCUUUAAAGCUCUGGAAACACUCUCCGAAAGCUAACAAGCCAGGAAUACUACUUCCCAUUAUUUUCGAUGAAACUGCAGAAUGAAAGCGGCGAUUUACGACCGAGACAUUAUUUAUUAACGGGAAAAAAGCUUGUUAGAAGUUUGUUAUUGCUCAGCUAGUCGACUAUUUGAACAAGAAUAUGCUACGGACUGCGGACUUAAACGAGACAAAGCCCUGGCAGACGUGCGAUCUAUGCAGUGAAAAGAAAAUCUUUCGGACUCCAAACGAUUUCAGCGCUCAUCUGCGCCAGACUCACUGCACGAAGGAAGGAGGAUCUUUUGUUUGUCGUUAUGGACGAAACGGGGUUUGCCCCUCUUUACCCGUUGAGGGAGUCAGCGACCGAGAUUACGAAGCUCAUGUCAUCAAAAGUCAUCUUAGAUUGGAAAAAGAUUCCUUAGAUAAAGCUGUCACCUACUCCUCUCCCAAAGAUGAUUUUCUCUAUGCAAGACCUAGAUUUCCUGCUAUCACUUUCACCGAAGCGGAUAACUUCACAGUGUUUUCAUCAACCCAGAAUUUACAAGCUGUUCUCAAUGAUCCAAAAUACCAUAAGAAACAGGCAGACUUCUUUACAAGGACGUGGGGGGAGGAGUUUGUACCUCAUUCUGUCCCACCGCUCACACUUCUGCAUGCUGUACCAAUGGGUUAUUAUGAUGAAUACCUCAAGAAAAUAGAGAUGAGAAUCAGAUUACAUGCCAAGCUAAAGAAGUCUCUAGUGGCAAGCAAUACAGCCGUACCUGGUGACACUGGUUUCACAGCAGCUGCUGCUGCUGCCGCACGUCGACAUACUUGUAUAUCUCAUGAUAAAUCAUCCUCAGACCUCAAUGUCAUCCCCAAGGUUUUCAUGAAUCCCCAUUUCACCCUUGAGGAUCCAGAGACCUUUAGCUCUGUGUUGCCAUGGUCACUUGUAACAGCUGACUCAUCACAGGCUGCGCAGGAUAGGGCAGGUCUAAUGAAUGCUCCAAGGAAUUCUGCAAAGCUGUUGCAAGAGAAGCUGUCUCACUAUCUGGACAUUAUCGAGAUGAACCUGGCAUACCAGAUAUCCCUCAGGUCGGAGGACUUCUUCAGUGCUAUGGCUUCUCAGGACCAGCUCCAAGAUCAUGUAGGUCAGACUAUCAAGGAAAUCAAGCACCUCCGCAUGAAGAUCCACAAGGUUUCAGAAGUCCUGUGCCAUGGGGAUCUGAAUCUGCUAAGAAAACAGUCGCUCAGGUCGAAGUACCUUAGUGUUUAUGACAAGUUAAAGUUGAUGGCCACAGUUCACCAGACUCAGCCCACCAUACAGCUGCUUCUCUCCACGUCUGACUUUGUUGGCGCUUUAGACCUGAUCAGUACGACACAGGAAGUGUUGCAACAGGAGCUUGCUGGUGUUCAGAGCUUCAGGCACUUAGGAUCCCAGCUUGCUGAGAUGGAGCGGGUCAUAGAAAAGAUGAUGGAGGCAGACUUUGCUGACUUUGUGACUGCAAACUUGAACAGAUGCACAGAUGAGGUGGAUCACGGAUGCCUGAUUGAUGAGGAUCGUCUGGUAUCUGUUCUCUUUGGUUUGCUGCAUAAGCACAAGUUUCAGUUCAUCCAUCUCUACAGAGAGGAGGCCUUUUCUACCAUAAAAAGCACCAUCAAGCAGACUGUGCAGGGUUUUGUGAUGAGGAAUUCUGAACCAGAUGAAGAAAGCCCUAGACUAGCAGAAGCCAUGCGUGGCCUGGAUUUUGAGCAGUGGAUGGAUAUGUUACAGAACGUGUUUGAUGCAGCUCUUCAAGUUCUGCGAAGAAUGAAGGUACUGCACAGGAGUAUAGCCGGAGUGUUAGCAAUAGCGGCUGGGCACUGCGGGCCCAACUCACCCAUAGAAACAUAUGAACUGAUGACAGAGGAGAUAAGGCAGGAUGCUGAAAACAUCCAGGCGGCAUGUGACUUUGAUGUGCUAAUCACAAGAUCAGAGUUUGACAAACUGUCAAAUGAAAGUCGAGAGUUACUUUGCGCCUCUUGUGAGAUGGCACAAGUCAGAUGUGCUAAAUUAAUCAACAUCAGAGCUAAGGCCGGCUACCUGGACAGUUUGACGUCCACGGAGUUCGUGAACCUGACACGCAUGGUGGAAGACUUUGUCGGUGACUGUGAGGGAAUGUGUGGUAGACAGAGUCACAGCCUUCGCGCCACUCUCUUAUCUCAGGCCAAGAAAUUUAUCGAGAGGUUCCACGAGGAACGGAAGAAUAAACUAGGGUUAAUCUUGGAUAACGAACGCUGGAAACAAGCAGAUGUGCCCGCCGAGUUCCAAGCUCUGGUGGACUCCCUAGUGGAUGGAGUGCGGCCUCGUGGAAAAGAGCCCACGUUUGCAAUUUCUUCGUCCAACGCACAGCCUGACAGAGGUCCAGCGAGCUUCCUCGUCGUAAAUGGAGAGAAAUUUACUGUUGUUGGCACGGUUCUGUUGCUGCUGAAGAUGGUCGUGGAGUAUUGCCAGUGUGUAGAUGACACGCCGAUGCUCGUCACAGACAUUAUGAACAAAUUGUUUGAAGUUCUCAAGCUCUUCAACUCUCGCACGUGUCAACUAGUUCUUGGAGCGGGUGCACUUCAGCUGGUUGGACUCAAGACCAUUACAGUGAAACAUUUAGCUCUGGCAUCCCGCUGUCUUGAGAUGAUGACAAUUUACAUUCCUGUGUUCAAAUCUCAUUUUGAAGAGCGGCUACCUCCAAAACAAUACAUCUUGCUAUCACAGUUUGACCAGAUUUUACGGGAUUACAGCAACCAUCGGCAGGAGCUUAUCGGCAAGAUCGUGAAUCUGAUGGAAGAUGUGUUCAACAGCCACUUGGCGCGGUGGGAAGUGCGCGCUCCUAUGCCUUCCCAAGCGAUGCGAGGCAUCGUCAGACAGAUAAUCAAGCUCCACGAAUCACUCUCGGCCAUCCUUCCCUCCAAACAGAUUGAGGUCAUGUUUCGCGAGGUCAAGAGGAUAUUCAAGACUUGCCUAGCAGAAAAGAUCGAGAAGCUGGGCGUGUCCAACAAUGGCGGACCUCAACACGGACUGGUGACGUCAGACCUCGCGUUCUUCGCGGAAAGCUUACGCACUCUAGACGGGCUUGUGGAUGUAGACAAGGGUCUUCAAGACGUCUGGAGACUUGUCAACGAGAUCCGGAAUAACAGGGGAUCCCCUGGCGUGGCUCGUAAAUCAUCUACAUAUAGAUAACCCCUGUGAACCUGGGCCCUUUGGCCUGAUGAUCUUAAUUGAUCUAAGGGCGUGCCUGGUUAUGGACACAACUCACUUUGUGCUACCUGUGCUCUACAACGGCCGAGAAGCCCUGAAAUCUCUAGUUUGUUGGAAACGCUAGCCAGCAUGGUAUCAAUGUCUAGUCAGUUAGAAUUCCUUAGAAUUUUCUUCUUUUCUUAGAUGUACAAGCUAUUAAUUAACACAAGGUUGAAAAAAGUAUGUUGUACGCCUCUGUUAAAACAGAGUAGUUGCGCUGACGUCCGAGCGUUAGCCCAUUGAUUCGUAAAUUGUACAUAAUCCUUACUGAAGACUUAUCUAUAAAUGACACAAAUAAAUAUAUAUCAUUCACUCUAUGAGUUACCCAUACAAUGAGGCGUUCUUGGAUAUGGCCCAGGCCGAUUUUAUUUCCACACUUUUAAGUAUUCUUUAGAUUUAUGUUCGGCUCCCCUACAACAAAAACCUUCACUUUUUGAUGGGCUGAGACUUCGAUGGAUGAAAUUCCGUCUUAGAAGAACUCGUCUGACGAAAGCAUGCUAUAUAAGACUUGGAGAUCAUUGGCAAGAGUUCACAGAAUUUCCAAAAUCGUAGUAAAGCUUGCAUGCUAUGUGUCGUGCAAAAAAGGCGACUACCAGUUUCUGUCGGACAAGUAAAGCAUGUGUAACCUAGAAAUACACUAGCGCAGUAGACACUAAGUAGGCUUCUUAAAGCUGCAUUGUCACCAGUUUACUUCCGGAUGGCUGACGGAAACCUCAACCGAUAAGAGACAAAACUAUUAGAAUCCGCGCGUUUAAACAGGCCAUCCGUUCUAAAUUAUCAGUCACAUCCUCAGAGAAACGUCUGCUUUUUCGCGUUUCGAUUAAAAAUGAUCGGAGAUUUUUAUGUUAUCAACCGGAGGUAAACUGGUGGCUACGCCGCUUUAAGGGACGGACGAUUGGAUGUCUGACGAGGGAGGGGUUUCUGUUGAGACUAAAAAUGGUUCCAGAACACGGUAGACCACAUUCGCCGUCAGAAAUUUCUUUUUCGCAGGAGACACCGCGUCGAGUUUUAUGAGGGAAGGGUAGUCCCAGGGCAGUCGGGAUCGACUUACUUAUAAGGGAUCGGCAGUGCUGAAAAACGCAAGACUAGUUUUAGUACGGCGCGGUGUAACUAACCUUUUUGUUUUGAAAUGGCGGCUUUUUACCGACAAACUGUCACAUUUUGGCGAAUGCUAAGAAAACUAGCGCAAAGCUAUGAGAUUCUUUAUGACUUACUCAUUAUCAAACAAAUCUGUCAUCUUUUUUACAGUAUAGUAUGGUUUUAAAGCUGUAUACUUAGAACAGCCACAGAAGUCAGUCUUUCGUACCUUUAUUCUAAGUUCAAACGUAUCAUCCAUGAGCCGUAUUCAAUGCAAAUGCACGCAAAUGAAGAUGAAACAAUCGACUCGAUUCAUGUGCAUGCAUUUACAUUGAAUACGUCUCAUGGAUAAGGUACCAUGGAUAAUACGACGUUUAAACUUAGCCUCACUCAACACUUGUGGGUUGUUUUUUACCAGCGCAUGCGCAUACGUCAUUCAGCACUAAGGGAUCAUGUGUAAGAAAUAGCAGUAUUAUAAUUGUAAAAAAAAUAUUUAAUAAAUAAAAUAAUUCAUGAA